UUUUUUGGUCUUUGUGUGUGGCUAUAUAAGUAAGCAAAUAUGGGUAAUGAUGCCUAUAGUGAAAACCUUUUUCCUCUCUACUUGAUUUAGUACGUGUUUACUGUUUUUGGAAAACAAAAUUAAAGAAAAUGACGAUUCAAAUUUUAUUGAAGGUGCUAUAUGUGCUAUGCUUGAUCUUGGGUAUGAGCUUGACAAAGUACUGUGAUGCUCGUAUUCUUAAACAAGAAAAUCAUCAAGCUACAAAAAAGAUACUAGAUUUGUCAUCAUUUUCAUCUGUUGCAAACAUUCCUGUGGGUUAUCCUUAUGCAGGUUUACCUAUUCCUCAUUUUCCUGUUCCCCCAGAAGGUUCUCCUGUUGCAGGUUUUCCUAUCCCUGGUUUUCCUGUUCCCCCAAACUCAGGCCCGGGACCUAUCCCUGGGAUUCCCGAAAUUCCUGGUUUCCCAUUUCCAGGACCUGCCUAUGGGAUUCCUGAUUUUCCAAUUCCAGGACCUACCUAUGGAAUUCCCGAAAUUCCUGAUUUUCCAUUUCCAGGACCUUCUUAUGGGAUUCCCGAAAUUCCACCAUUUGUUCCCGGGGAACCUGUAGAAGGUCCAGUUGAAGCACCAAGUCCUAGCAUCGAGCUCGCGAGUGAUGAGUCCAAGAUAGUAUAGGUUCAUUUCCUUUGCUGCCUCUUGUCAUGCUUUGCUGACCGUACUCUCUCAUUUUUUUCCCAUUGGAUGAGAAAAGGAAAUUAUAGAAAUGAUGAAUGAAAAUUAAAGCUCCAUUUAUAUCAACAUAUA